GUCGGUUUCAUUUUUAUUUUUAAUUGGAUGUCACUUUUUAUUUAUUGUAUUCAUAAAAUACUAAGUGAAAAUUAGAUUUAUGAAUCGUUUCGUACUACGUGUGCUCGCUGUAAAUAAAAUCUUGUCAGCUGCUGACUCUGUAACUGACAGUUCUUUUGUUCGCCGCGAAAACCCACGCCAGUCAGCAGCGCUGGAUGGCCGCCGUGGCAUAUAUUAGAACUGAAUAACAACGCUCAAUUUUUGAAUUGGCGCUAAUUAUGUUGAGUUUUCGAUUGUUUGUAAACAGAUUUUAGUGAUAAACUAUAAUUAUCGGAUUGUUUUAUUCUAAUAAUAAAUAAAAUGAGUGAUCAUGAUAGUAUCACGGACGGAAGCAUCAUCGAACAAACGAAAAAAACUUACAAACGAAGAUCAUCGAUUUUGCAAGUCAACCGUCGAUUUCAAGAUAACAAAAUCACAAGUGACGAAACUGACGAUAAUAGUGGAAACCAAAGAACAACCAAUGGCGAGAGAAAAAGCUUUGAUCUUCCAACGUACAUCCAGAGGCUCAAAUUAGAGCGUCAAUGUUGGAAAGAUACUCUGCAUAAACGAAAAUCAAGAAGACGGAAUCUACAAAAAAAAAGCUUCACCAUCAAAAAACAAGGUGCUGAUUACAAUCUGAAUGUACUAACAGAUGAGGAAAGAUCGUUUGUACUGGGACGCCCGGCAUACAUAGAUAUUGCUAAAAAAAUACAAGAUCUUGGAGGACGAGCUAUCAGAGUAGGGGGGCUCAUAAAGAAGACGAAGACAUUGAACAAUAGAUUGGCCAACAUAAUAGAAAAUAGAAUCUCUCUAUCAGAGAAAAAAAUAAUAGAAAUGAUACACGAAGACACGUAAACCUUGAAAGAAACAUCAAACGACAUGAACAAUAUCACAAUAUCGCGAAUCGAAACAUUGUUGAUGUGU